AUGGCAGACAAAGCCCCUCCGUCGGCAGAGACGCUGCUCAAGGGCGCCGCCGCCCACCCUCCCAGGUCAGCGGAGGACAUCGCAAAGGAAUACGAUCUGCUGCCCAAGUUGAUCCCCUACCUCGACCGCCAUCUUGUCUUCCCUCUGCUCGAGUUUGUCAGCGGCCAGGAUGACGACAACAUGGAGAUUACUCGCGCCAAAUACGAGCUUCUCAAGCAUACCAACAUGACCGACUAUGUUGCGAACUUGUGGCAGGAGAUCAACAACUCCGAUACCAUCCCCGAAGAAUUCGUCAAGAAGAGGGAGGAGGUUCUUGCAAAGCUGCAGCAAUAUCAGGAAGAGAGCGAGAAGAUUACGUCGCUUCUGCAGGAUGACGCCGUUGUGGCCAACCUCCGCAGCGACAAGGUCGCCAACUUGAAGUUCCUCGAAGAGCAGCAUGGCGUUACGAUCGACAUGGUGAAUACCCUGUUCGAAUACGGCCGAUUCCAGUACAGCUGUGGUAGCUACGCGAACGCUGCAGAGUUGCUCUAUCAAUUCCGUGUCUUGUCGACGGAUAACGACAAGGUCUCCUCCGCCACGUGGGGCAAGUUCGCGUCUGAGAUCUUGACCACCAGCUGGGAGGCCGCCAUGGAAGAGCUCCAUAAAGUGAAGGAUUCGAUUGAAACCCGUCUCUUCAACAAUCCUCUGGCCCAGUUGCAGCACAGAACCUGGCUGAUCCACUGGUCUCUUUUCCCUCUAUUCAACCAUGAACCCGCCCGCGACGUCUUGACCGAUCUCUUCUUCUCUCCCGCUUACAUCAACACCAUCCAGACCAACUGCCCGUGGAUCCUGCGGUAUCUGGCGGCCGCCGUCAUUACGAACCGCAGCCGUGCGCACAAGAACACCAGUCUCUACCAGAAGCAGCUCAAGGAUCUGAUCCGAGUGGUGCGACAAGAGGACUACGAAUACUCCGACCCGAUCACCGACUUUGUCAAGGCCCUUUAUGUCGACUUUGACUUCGAAGAGGCCCAGAAGAAGUUGAGCGAGGCCGAGGAGGUUCUACGCAGCGACUUUUUCCUUGUUUCCGCGGCAGACGCUUUCGUGGAGUCGGCAAGACAUCUCAUCUCUGAGAGCUAUUGCAAGAUUCACCAGCGGAUCGAUAUCAAGGAUCUGUCCACCCGUCUGGGUCUGAACCAAGACGAGGGCGAAAAAUGGAUCGUCAACCUCAUCCGGGACACUCGAGUUGAUGCCAAGAUCGACUACAAGGAGGGAACCGUGAUCAUGAACCACCCUCCGCAGUCUGUGUACCAGCAGGUGAUUGAGAAGACCAAGGGAGCCUUUUUCAGGACUCAAGUGUUGAGUGCGGCUGUUGCCAAAUAG